UUGUAUGCGACAAGUGCAUUGGCAGCUCCUGAAGUCUUCCAUAUCCCCUCCUUACGCUUUGACCUGCCACGAAGCAGACAUCCGCGAAGAUUGAUUGCCAGUAACGUGUCAGCGCGCCUCCGCGCCUCCUUACCUAGUAAUCCAACUUAAGCUUGACGCGGAGCGAUUCCUACGGCAGCUGCGCCUAGCCUCGUGGCUCUGUGAUUUUGGAUAGAACAAAGGCACCAUGUUGCAGAGAAUCAAGGGUGCCAUCGACCGCACCAUUGCGGAAGAGCAGGCUAGGGCGAGAGCAGCCCUCGAAGGCGGUGCUCCUGGCAGUUCUCACGUACGAAACUCGAGCUCGUUAUCGCGGACCUCGAGUGCUGCCGGGGCACAAGCGUCCAGGAGACCUCGGCCUUCGAACAAUCUAAGCCAAGACAUGUCCGCCGAUGGAACCGUCACCACUUCCGACCCUGCCGUCUUCGAGGCCGCCUUCGUGAUCGAUGAUACAGACGAGAGCAACACCCCAACCCGUAUCGGCACACCUGUCUCGACGGACAAGGAAGGAAAGGGCAAGGAUACUGAAAAGCCGGCCAGCAAUACCGAACCCGUCAAAGAAGGGACGGACCCGCUACAGAAUGGAGACAGGUCAAGCGUCAACAAGUCUACCGCAGGGCAGACAGCAAGAUCGGGGACAACCACACCUUCUACCACCGCUGAGCUCUCGCCAGAGAUCCGGGUAAGGUUGAGGAAGUUGGAUAAGCUGGAAAAGACAUACCCAGAGCUUCUGCGAUCUUACCGGAUUGCCCACGGCCGUGCGACUUCCAUCGAACCGUUCGAAAAGGCACUCAGAGAGAAUACCCCCUUGACUUCGAUUAAGGAUCCCGAAGCAUUGAUCGAGUACCUAAAUCAGCUGAACCUGAAGGGCGACAUGGUUAUGGAUGAGCUCAAGCGCGUAUCCGGCGAGAAGGACAACUACAAGAAGAAGGCAGAGGAAGCCGAUAAGGAGGCUGCUGCGCUGAGAGAGGAGAUCGCUGCUCUCAAGGCUGCACAAGCCGAAGCUGCCGCAGCGAAGGACGCCAAGGAUGCAGAGGCUAGUGCCGAGAAGACUCCGGAUGAGAAGACCGACGACAAGCAGGAGGCACCCGAAGUCAAGAGCGACGAGAACAAGGAAAUCCAGGAGCUACAGACUGCGCUAAAGACCAAAACCGCCGAGGUCGAAAAGUUGCAGAAUAAGGUCAAGACAUUGAAGGAAGAGCUAGUGACGGCCAAAGACCAUAGCGCCGGUCUCGCUGAGAGCCUUGAAAGGGCUAGUAGCGAACUCAGUGAAGCUAGAGAUGCUGCAGCAGUCAAGGCUUCGAUUGAGACGCAGCUUGAGGCCAGGAAGGCUGAGAUUGAAUCCUUGACGGAGCGUCUGACAAAGACGCAGUCGCAACUCAAGGAUGUCGAGACCCAACUGCAGAAGGAGAAGGAAGAAGGCUCUGCGGGACUAAAGGAAAAGGCUGCCAAGCUUGCUGUUUCAGAGUCUAAGGCCGAGGAGCUUCAGUCUGAACUUACAAAGGUUACCGAAGCCAAAUCCACUCUAGACGCCAAGAUUGAAGGCUUGACUUCGGAGAUUGAGACUCUCAAGAAGGCCAAGGCUGAAGACGAGGCCAAGAUUGACGAGUUGGAGAAGAAGAUCAAGUCCACCCCUACGCUCACUACUGCCCCUGCUGCCGCCGUCACUACCGCACCACCCACACCGUCUACCCCUACGCAACCCGCAUCCUUAAACAAGAAGAAGAACAACAAAAAGAAGAAGAAGGGUGGGGCUUCGGUGACGCCAGCAGCCACUGCUCCAGAGCCUACCGCCACCGAGGAUCAGCCACCCACGUCACCCGCUGAAGGUCCUGCGACGGCAGAGCUCACGGCAGAGCUCCAGGCCGAGCAGGCCCGCUUAAAGGAAGAGCUUGCCCGCUUGCAAGAAGAGCUCGCUGACAAGGAUCAGCGUAUCGAGCGUCUUGCCAAGCAACGCAAGACUGAAGAGGACCUCCGUGAGGAGAUUGAGAACUUGCAAGACAGUCUCAAGGAGAUUGGUUUCGAGCAUGUCGAAACCAAGCAACGUCUGAAGGAGCUGGAGCAGGAGAAGAAGGAGCUGAAGGCCCGGAUUGAUGAGCUUGAAAAGGAAGUGGAGGCAGCCGCUUCAGCCGCUCAAACCAAUACCAAGCUUCAGUCAGAGCACGAAUCGCUCCGUCAAGAAUUUGACGACCUCAAGCAAAAGUCGCAGACUCUCCAGUCUGACCUUGCCGCCGCCCAGCAGCUCGCCCAAAGCAGGUACAAGGAUCUCACUGACCUGCGCGAGGUUCUGCAAAAGGCUCAACCUGAGCUCAAGUCGCUUCGGCAGGAGGCUGCCACGCUCAAGACGGUGCGCGAGGAACUUGCGGCGCGGAAUGCGGACCUUCGCAAUCUCGAGAAGCGCGAGAAAGACUUGAAGGCUGAUCUUGUCCGUGCCCAGCGUCUCGCCGCUGACCGUGAUGGUGAGAUCAAGGCUCUCCACGACAAGGUUGGUCAGGAGACAAACGCGCGUCUCAAGCUCGAGGAUGAGAAGCGGGUUCUUGGUCGUGACCUUCGCAGGUCUGAGGCAGAGAAGAUCGAGAUUGCCGCACGUGAAGAGAAGACCGCCCGGGAACUGCAGCGCGUGCAAGAGGAAGCUAACAAGCUUCGCCCGCGCAUCCGCGAGCUGGAGGAAGAGGUCAAUCGCCUUAGAAAGGAGGGUGACAUGAUGCGGGAGGAAGUCCAACUCAAGAGCAGCCAAUACACUAGCGCCCAGAACCUGCUCGGCAGCAUGCGCGACCAGACAGCCGAGUUGAGCAUCCAGUUGAAGGAGGCACAGGAUCAAUGCGAGAGCUUGGAUGAGGAACUGGCCGAGACGAGGAAGAUGCUCAGCGAGCGCACUCGCGAGGCCGAAACGAUGCGUCGUCUUCUUCAGGACGUGGAUGAGCGUGCGGACAGCAAGGUCCGUGACAUGCGCGCCAAGAUGGAGGCAGCGGUGGAAGAGAGAGAUCGUAUCGAGGAGGAGACCAGCGCGCUGGCUCGCCGCAAGUCUCGAGAGACGGAGGAGCUCAAGCAAAAGAUGCGGCAAACGGUGUCGAACCUUAGGAGUACCCUCGACGCUAGCGAACUCCUUGUCCGGGAAACGGAGAAGAAAAACGCUGAGCUCAGAAGAGCUGUGGAUGAUUACCGGCUCAGAUACGACAAGGUGCAGAAGGAACUCAAGACAGUACAGACCAAGCUGGCAAGCAUGACCAGUCUGGCAGGUAGUGGAAGCAGGGGCUCCGUGGACUCGGCGAGGUCAAACUCGAUCGCGUCUGCGAACGCCACGCCCGAUGUCAUGUACCUGAAGACCAUCUUGCUGCAGUUCCUGGAGCAGAAGGAUAACAGGUUACGGGCACAGCUGGUGCCGGUAUUGGGCAAAUUGUUGAACUUUGACAAGACGGACGAGCAAAAGUGGCUUACCGCGGUCCAGCAUAUCACCAUCAAAUAGUCGAUGGUAAGGACAAUCAAUAGUAAUUAGUAGUGUCCCUGGAUAAUAUAAGAAGCGAUAAUCGUCUCCACUUCAAAGAACUGGAUUACACAAAGCAUCGAUCUCAUCAAACA